CUUUGUUAUGAAGUCAUAAUUUAAUCCUUUGCUUGUACGAUUUCACACUUCUGACACGGACAGAUUCGCUCGAUUUGAAGCCCGGUCACGGUGUCUGAUAAUGGCGGCGUUUGGAACUUUCAAAUCCCCCGUGAUGUCAUUGUUUUUCCCGAUGUUUCUUUUGAUGACGAUGCCUUUGAUAUCCAAAGCUUUGAUGCAUCCAAGGGGAAGGCCGUCUCAAUGUGUUAAAAUCGAAAAUUCGGCUUGUCGAGGAAACUACAACUACACAACAUUUCCAAACAUACUCGGACAUGAAGACCACGAUGAAGCUUCAAGAAGAUUUGACGAAUUCAAUCCACUCACAGAUACUGAGUGUUCCCCUCAUGUCAAAUUCUUCCUAUGUUCGCUACAUUUCCCUAUGUGUGUACCACAGAUUCCCUUUGGAAUCCCAGCAUGCCGAGCAAUGUGCGAAGAAGUUCGUCGUAAAUGCGAACCUCAUAUGAAUAUAUUCAAUCUAAACUGGCCAGAAACUAUACAGUGUGAAAAAUUACCGGAUCACACUUCAAUGCAAUGUAUGCACCCACCUCAAGGAUUAAACGGGGAGGAGAAGGUGAUAGCCGAUGAUCCCAACACGAAAACUUCGCCUGAUGACGUCAUACCCAGAGAUGACGUAACAGAUGACGUCAUGACGCUUGAACCACCAUCCCGUGGAAAUCGCAGACAAAAACAAAGUAAACGAAGAAGAGACAGAAAAGGCGGAAAGACGAAACCAAAUAAAGAUGUGGAAAAACCCCCUCAUCACAAAGAGGAAGUUAAAGAAGAUCUUGAUAUACAAACAGAAGACGUGAUGGCAGGGGAUGAUGGAUUAGUUCAGAAUGUAGAAGAAGUCAAAGCGGGUGUGGAGGAGGAGCCUCCGUCGAAGGCGCCCAAGUGGAAUCCGGUGAAAAUCGGGGAAGUUCCACUAUUUCCCGCAGUCGACUCUGACACCGAUUAUCCGGAUGGUGGCUAUCCGGUGUAUUCAAACACGGAUUACGACUCCGACGCUGGAAGUCAGUUUCAUGACGUUGAUGACAAAUCGAAAACGAUUUGCAAAAAUCCAGACAAAUUUCUAUACGUUGAAAAAAUCGACAAAUGCCUCCCGAUCUGUGACACAACGAUCGAUGUAAUGUUCAGCUCAACAGACAAACGUUUUGCCUACUACUGGAUGCUGGCCUGUUCAAUAUUGUGCAUCGUCUCAUCUGCACUAACUGUGGGAACGUUUAUGGUAGAUUCCAAAAGAUUCAGAUACCCAGAGCGACCGAUCAUUUUUCUUUCUCUGUGUUAUCUCUUAUACUCGUCAGCGUAUCUCGUUCGACUCGGUCGCGGGCCAGAAGGAAGCGUUUCUUGCGUCACACAGGAUAAUAGUGACGUCACACACAUUGUCAUGGGAGACCUGGAAAGUACCGGAUGUACAGCGGUGUUCUUCCUCCUCUACUAUUUCGGGAUGGCGGCAGCGGUCUGGUGGGUGAUUCUGAGCGUCACGUGGUUCCUGGCAGCCGGAUUGAAAUGGGGGCACGAAGCGAUAGAAGCUCAUGGAUUCUACUUUCACUUGGUGGCGUGGUUGGUACCGGCUGCACAAACGAUUGUUGUCUUGGUGAUGGGGAAAGUGGAUGGCGACGAACUAACAGGCCUCUGCUACGUUGGUAACUUGGAACGCGACUCGUUGCUGUACUUCGUUAUUGUACCCUUGGCUGUGUAUCUGGCAGUUGGAGCUUUAGCUCUUGGAAGUGGAUUCUUAUCAUUAUUCAAAAUCCGACGAGUAAUACUAAGAAAAAGUGGAGAAAAGGACGCAGGGAAACUGGAAAAACUCAUGCUCAAAAUCGGGAUUUUCACAGUACUCUAUAUCGUACCAACGGCUUGCGUAGUGGCCGUCAAUGUAUACCAAUAUAAAAACACCCCGCUGUGGAUGGAAAGAGCCGAAUCACGGCCUUGCUACCCGACAGAAAUCGAGAAAGGCACGUUUACUCCUUACAGAAGAACAUCCCGUAAUGCGCCUGAAAUACCUCCAAGUUAUUCGCACUACGGCGAUUCUGCGCAGUAUUACCCAUAUAGAGAGAUUGUUUAUGGACCCAGAAGGCCCCAUUACACUGACUAUGUAGCCACAGGAUACGAUGGCGCGCAGUAUAUUCACCCCGGAGCCAGUUUUACCGGAUAUGGAAGGUAUCCGGAUACUCAACCCCGGUUUGAAUAUGGAACCGGAUCAUUCCAUUCUGAUUCGGUUAGUAGCCCACAAGGAGAUGAAAGUGGGGGGAGUUAUGAUUCUUCACUUUACAAUGGGCGCCGUCUAGUGGUCGUUCCACAACAUUUAAUUCCCGAAUACCCACCCGGAAGAUAUUAUAAACAUCCAAAACCUCCAAUGACCUAUGAUCCUAAAAUGGCGCACGUUUUAAAAACAUAUGCGGAAGGUCAUGAUCAGCGAAAUAAUGGCUUACAACCUGACAAAGAAGUUGGUUUCGAAAAUGAGAUGGAUAGCGACUGCCAUCUCGUGGAUUCUAUUCCUUCGUUUCCGAUUUUCGCAAUCAAGAUCUUCAUGUCUCUCCUUGCAGGAAUAACUAGUGGAAUUUGGGUUUGGAGCGGGAAAACGUACACAUCUUGGAAAUUAUUCUGCAGAUCGUCAUGGUGCGGAAAGUCGACCAAAGAAAAGGAAAAUGUCAGCAUUACUCCCCAUGCUACCAGUAUCGGCAACUUAAAUGCCCCUCCGUCAGUUACAUCUCAAUUACUACCCAAAGUACGUGAACGCCCCGCCCCCGACGGGGAAGUCCCCUCCCCAGAUGGUAAUCGUUACUCCUAUCCAGUACUAUCCGACCGUUAUCAAGGCUAUCAACCAGUGACGCAAGAAGAUGACCAUACCAACAAACGUGACAUCACACAUUAUACGUCAUCAGUAGACCGACGAGGACAGAAAACUGGCCUUACACUGGGAGAUAUCGCCAGAGAAUAUAGCGAUAACUUGGAGUCCGAGUACCGAGAAAUGGACUUUUACCGAAGUUGUGAACUAGCACAUCCCCGAAAUGGGACUUACAUUGUACCACCGUGCCACAAUGGUGACGCAACAAAGAACAAUAAGUCGUGGUUUAAAAACAAUUCAAAAAAGGCGCGAAAUCACACGACACGUGACUCUAUCAAUACUAACAAAUCGAAUCGCGCCAUUCCAAACUUAUACGAAGAGCCGACAUCAAAUCGAGAUAGAGCUAUUCAUUGCAACAGACAAACAAAUAGAAACAAUGGCACUGAAUUCGAGCUGCCUCAUGGUCAGAAAUAUGGCAAAAAUAACAUAAACAGAGUCCGUAAAUAUAGCGAGAACGAUGUCAAUAAAUUGGGUUUAGUAUCUCAGUCUGGUUUCAGUCCAGUGUCCACAUCAACACGCAAGAAAGCUGAGUCUGUCCAUGUCGGGACCAAAGUUCUCAAUUAUUAAAUGCGUCUCAACAAAUAUGUUCCAUGACAAAAAAAACAAGGUUUUUGUUAAAUUUAAAUAUUGCUUAGUUCAAGGAUUUACAUUUUACAGGAUUUGAUACUCGGGCAGGCUCUUGUUCCAAGGAAUAAAUAAUUGGCGGAAAAUAGUUUGCACAUUUUAAAUCGUACUAACGUUUUUUGAUUUAUCAUUUGUGCCAUGAAUCUAAGUUCGGAAACGUACUCUACUGUUUUAUACCUAUGUUAUGGAAUUCAGCUACCUACAAGUACCACACAAGAGUAAUGCUCAUUGUGAUCACUUCUGCAAAGCCCAGUACUGAAAGAAUAAACAGACCCGUCUUUUUUCACAAGUAAAUAAUUAAUUUUGAAUAUCAAGAUUUUUAAUAGUGUUCAUUAUACAUCAAAAGUGUGAUUUUUAUAUUAAAAAAGAUUGCGAUUUUAUUGCACCAAGGCGAAACUAAGAUUGUGCAGUGUUUCUCCGCUAUUUAUGGCUCGUGGCUCCCUUUCGGAAGUUUUUGGCACCUGUGGCCCUCAUGUUUAUCAAUCCAGGGAUAUCUAUAGUGUUAUUUAAUUGUCAAAUUCCACGUCUCAAUAUGUUCAAACAAUUCAUGCUCAACAAAGUGACCCCUCCGGACCCCCUGCCCCACUAUGCGAAAUAACCUUAUCAAUCAAUGAAUCUUGAAAAAAAUGGGAGUUUUCUUGAAAAAUUACGGCUCCUUAUUGGUAACCGCUAUUCUAUGGAAUCCUGUUGUUAAACAAUUAUAGUUUCAAUUAUUUUUUUCAACUGUUUAGCAUUAACAUAUCUCCUCAUUUGAUGAAAUGUACUAUUUCUUAUUAUACUUUGCACACUGAUUCCCGUCCAUGGAUAUCGAAGUACUUUGUUUAUUAAUAUUAUUUCUCUUGACAUUUGUUUUUCUUAUUUAUUUUUCCUCAAUUAAAAAUAACAUCCUCAAAUAUGUUGUUAAAAAGUGUUGCGAAAUGACAAAUGUAUAAACAUAUGCCAAUUUGAUAAUGCGGAAAUUUUGCAUUAUUUUUCAGUCAGCAGUUUCAUAUCAGUCCUAAACAAGUACAACAUUGUGGUACAAAUUCUUGGAUACCUCAUUCCAUAAUAUCCAUAAAGUCUUAAAAUUGCAAAAAGAAUUUAUCGAUACCCUAUAUUGUUUUGGCCCUCACAGAUGUAUUAAAUAUAAAGUAAAAAUACCAAAACAAUUAUUGAUUAAAAAACAACAAUUCUGGUUAACAUAUAUUGAGAACUGACCUCAUAACAAAUUUAAAAUCGGAAAAGGAAUUCAUCGAUAUCAGAUAUUAGGCUGGCCCUCACCGAUGUAUUAACUGAGGUAAAAAUACCUAAACAAUUACUGAUGAAAAAAAAAAGAUAUAUUGAGAGGGCGAAUGUUGAAAUUUCGAAAAAGUUCAACUAAAAAUGUUACAAAUGUGUUUUUUUAACUAGUAUUCAUUCAACCAUUGUUUGAAGCAAUAUUCGGAAGUUUAAAAAUCACUAAAUAUAUUUUUGCCCAUUUCCUCAAAGCAGAUUUUUAAAUAUUCGCCAUUCUGGCGAAGCCGUCAAAUUUUCAGCGUCGAUUUGAAAUUGUUCCAAGAACACCCGGUAAUUUGUAACAACACCACUUGUCAACCCCUUUCUCGUUUGUCAACUGUUUUAGUUUUUGUUUUGCACAAAUUUUUUGUACAUUCGAUUUUUAAAUUUAUUGCGUUUGUUACUUUUAGUUGGGCGUUGCCCUUUAUUUCUUGUUUUUUA